AUGAGCUCGAACGAGAAAAGAUACGACCCCAGAGACACAACUCUGAAGUUCGUCACCAGACCGGACGACCUGGACCCUCUGCGUAAGCCCCAUUAUUCCGGGAAAACCUCCAGAAAAGCUCUAAAAUACAGCAUAAUCUGCGCACCGGUGCUGCGUUCACGGCCUGUCGUUGUGUUUCCUUUAGCGCCGGAGGAGGGAGACCGGUGCCUCCGCGCGGAGAUGUCCUGCGGCCACGCCGUGACCCCGGAGUCUCUGACCGGGUGGUGCCGCAGCCUGCUGGACCAGGUUUGGGCCCUCCGCGCAGGGACAGAGUAA